AUGGUCAGUUCCCAACCUGGAGAAGAGUCCAAGUGUCCUGUGGACCAUGAGUCUAGAGAGGUAUGGUUAAAACAGGCUCAAAAAGAGCAGAAGGAGCAGAAAGAUAAGUGUCCUGUGGAUCAUGAAUCGAGAGAGGUAUGGAUGCAGAAAGCUGGUGUUGGAAGUGCCGAAGAUGUUGAAUGCUCGUCUGAUCAGCUGCCUGAAGUACCUCAGUAUCAUUCGGAUGUGAAACUGCCAGAGAAACGUGAGAUCUCGUCGAUUCCAAGGACAGGUUCAAAUUCCCACUGGGUCUAUCCAUCGGAGAAACAAUUCUUUGAAGCCAUGUUGCGUAAGAAAUGGGAUCCACACUCUGAAGAUAUGAAAACCGUAGUUCCUCUGCACAAUACCGUCAAUGAGCGUGUAUGGAACAGCAUAAAACUUUGGGAACAAGGCCAGGGUGGUGAAUCCUGUGGUGGAAUCCAGUUAACCAGUUUCAAAGGUGAUGCUAAGAAAUUGACACCUCGCGCAUGGUUCAGAAGUGCUAUAUUGGGGUUUUCCAAGCCUUUUGACAGACACGAUUGGACUGUGAACAGGUGUGGUUCCAGUAUUGACUACGUUAUAGAUUUUUACCAUGAGGACAACGAAACGUUGGGACCUAACAUAUACCUGGAUGUACGCCCAAAACUCAACACUGUUGAAGGUGUCAGACUCAGAUUAUUCAAAACACUCGGCCUCUAA